UCUGUCCCUUUAAAAAAGUGCUCUCUCCAAAAACCUGCGUGGUGAUGCUGCCUUUUUAUUCCUUAUUCACAAGAAAGCGCUGGAUAUUUUCACUGAGAGAGCUUCAACUUCUCCAGGUGCGCAUCACACAGCAGGACAACAUAUUCCAUCAUGAACAUAGACGAGAAUCCCGGAUUUAUCACCCACGAAAGAAACGGGAUCGACAAAACCACCGCUGGUGCAGACGUGAGGCCUCUGGAGGAGAAAGAGAACGACAGCAACCGGACUGAGAAUGUGUUGCAGUGCGUGAAAGGCAUGAUCAAGGUGGAGCCUGACGAGCCUGAAAACAAUGAGACCAAAGAAAAAAGGCCGAUUUUUCCAAAAGAAGAAGGAGAUGGGGCGGUGGAGGAAGGUAUGGAAGAAGGAUACGACGGAGACAGGACAGAGGACGACGACGAAAACGACGACGAGAAGGACUACGUGAAUGAACCAGAGGACCUGUCGCUGGCGGACUAUUCACGCUAUUCAGCCAUGCAGGACUCCCCAGCACGGGUGGCGCCAGAGAGGACGUACAUGGCCGGAGCGAUGAGUCCACAUUCGCAGCCCACGGGGAAGCUCAACUGUGACAUCUGCGGCCUGUCGUGCGUUAGCAUCAACGUUCUGCUGGUGCACAAGCGCAGCCACACGGGUGAGAGACCGUUCCACUGCACCCAGUGCGGCGCAUCCUUCACCCAGAAGGGAAACCUGCUUCGCCACAUCAAACUACACUCUGGGGAGAAACCUUUCAAAUGUCCCAUGUGCAGCUACGCCUGCCGCCGACGUGACGCCUUGAGCGGCCACCUGCGCACCCAUUCUGUCGAGAAGCCCUUCAAGUGCAACCUCUGCAGUCGCAGUUACAAGCAGCGCAGCUCGCUGGAGGAGCACAGAGAGCGCUGCCACGUGUACGUUCACAGCAAAGACCUUACUGAGAACGUGUCUUUCUGUGAACCAGACGACAGUCAACCGCCGAGGACUCAGAUGGGCAGCAAGCGCGCUCUGCUGCUCGACAGGCUCGCCAGCAACGUUGCCAAACGCAAGAGUUCAAUGCCGCAGAAGUUCACGGGUGAUAACGGCGUCUGUCUGGACUUGAGCUUUAACAAGGAGCAACCCGAGGAGUUCCCAUUUAGCUCGACGAUGCCGGACGCCCACCGCCAGCGGCCAAUAUUGCAUCCCGGCCCAAACGGCGAUCCGGCUUAUCCCCAGAGGCAUUACCCCGCUCUGAGUCCAAUGAGCCUGGGCAACGGCCACAGGAUGGUCAUGCAGCUGCCGGGUCACCCUCACACCCCCCAGCAAGCCCUCGGCAUGGAUGCCUUCCACGCUGACGGGUCACAGGUCUCCCAGCCCGUCAUGUACAGCUUAGGGCACUUACUCGGGGGGCUCAACCACCAGAACGGGGUCUCGCCCUCCCAGCCCGUCCACUAUUCCCCCCAGGAAGCCCUGCAGGUUGCGCGGCCCGACGGAGAGGCCGCAGCGUUCCCCGGGGCUGUGUUCCCCUGCAGUCACUGCAAGGUGAUCUUUCUCGACUAUGUCAUGUUCACAAUCCACAUGGGGUGCCAUGGCUUCCGAGACCCGCUCGAGUGCAACGUGUGCGGCCAUCGCAGUCGGGACCGGUAUGAGUUCUCGUCGCACAUAGUCCGUGGGGAGCAUCGGCUGGACAUGAAGUAGUUACCCUCACCAGUUCACACAUACACAGUUACAGUCGUUUCAACAAGAAAAAUGACCCCCGUUAGGUACACAGUGAAUAUACAGUGGAACCCGCUUGUGUCGACAACAGUCUUUCAUCUCAGGUUCUUGCCUCUGCUUUACGCAUCUCAUCAGUUCAUGCUCACAGAUUGCCAUUGGUCAGAUCUGCUGUAAACUGUAACCUGACUUUCGCCAGAUCCUUGGAGUUAGCUGAGCUCCAGACAUUGAUCUGGGAUUUCUCAAUAGGAGAUGUAUUUCUGAAGGCAAAAAAGACCAUGGCCUAUGGUCAUGAAGUGUGGGUCAUGACCGAAAGAGUAAGAUCGCGGACACAAGGGGCGAAAUGAGUUUCUUCCGAAGGGUGGCUGGCAUCUCCCUUAGGGUGAGAAGUUCAGUCACCCGAGAGAGACUCGGAGUAGAGCCGCUGCUCUUUUGCUUGGAAAGGAACCAGCUUAGGUGGUUCGGAAAUCUCGUGCGGAUGCCUCACGAGCAUGAGGUCCUCGUUGCAUGUCCCACUUGGGGGAGACCCCGCGGCAGGCCAAGGACCAGAUGGGGCGGAUUACAUCUCCUUCUGGCCUGGGAACGCUUCGGGAACCCUCAGGAGGAAGUUGCUAAUGUUGCUCUGGAGAGGGAAAUCCGGGGGUCUCUGCUACCGAUUCCGUAUAAGUGGUUGAAGAUGGAUGGAUGGAUGGUUGUGAUUGGAUAAACCACUUGUUCGUUAUCUUGAAUGAUGUGCUACUUAGAACUCUCACAUCAAAAUCAACUCGUGACGCUGGGAAAUCCGAAACAGAACAGCGGACAUAUAAGAUAACGACAAGAGAUGUCUGAUAAUGGCUUUUUUGCCGUUAUCCGAUAUUCCGAUAUUCUCCAACGCUUAAUUACAGAUUCCGAUAUCAACCAAUACCGAUAUAUAUAGUCGUGGAAUUAACACAUUAUUUGUUGUGGAGUCCAGCUGGAUGCAUUAAACAAUGUAACUUUACCAUGAAUUGAUUAACGUGGACCCCAACUUAAACAAGUUGAAAAACUAAUUCAGGUGUUACCAUUUAGUGGUCAAUUGUACGGAAUAUGCAGGGGCCUUCUAAAAAAAAAAUCAUUGGUUGUGAUUGGCCUAUGGUCAUGCAGUGUGGGACAUGACCGAAAGAGUAAGAUCGCGGACACAAGCAGCCGAAAUUAGUUUCCUCAGAAGGGUGGCUGGCAUCUCCCUUAGAGAUAGGGUGAUAAAUUCAGUCACCCGAGAGAGACUUGGGGUAGAGCCACUGCUCCUUUGCUUGGAAAGGAACCACGAGGUCCUCCUUGCACGUCCCACUGGGAGGAGACCCCGUGGCAGGCCAAGGACCAUAUGGGGGGAUUACAUCUCCUCUCUGGCCUGGGAAGGCUUCGUGAAACCUCAGGAGGGAGUUGCUAAUGUUGCUCUGGAGAGGGAAAUCCGGGGAUCUCUGUUACCAAUUCCGGAUAAGCGUUUGAAGAUGGAUGGCUGGAUGGAUGGUUGUGAUUGGAUAAACCACUUGUCCGUUAUCUUGACUGACGUGCUACUUAGACCACUCACAUCGAAAUCAACCCGUGACGCUGGGAAAUCCAUCACAGAACAGCCGACAUAUUGGAUAACGACUAGAGAUGUCCGAAAAUUGUUUUUUACCGAUAUUCCGAUAUUGUCCAACUCUUAAUUACCGAUUUGGAUACCAACCGAUACCGAUAUAUACAGUCGUGGAAUUAACACAUUAUUAUGCCUAAUUUUGUUGUGAUGCCCCGCUGGAUGCAUUAAACAAUGUAACUUUACCAUGAAUUGAUUAACGUGGAACCCGACUUAAACAAGUUGAAAAACUUAUUCGGGUGUUACCAUUUAGUGGUCAAUUGUACGGAAUAUGCAGGGGCCUUGUAAAAAAAAUAUAUAUAUAUCAUUGUUUGUGAUUGGCCUAUGGUCAUGAAGUGUGGGUCAUGACCGAAAGAAUAAGAUCGCAGACACGAGCGGCCAAAAUGAGUUUCCUCGGAAGGGUGGCUGGCAGCGCUCUCUUAGAGAUAGGGUGAGAAGUUCAGUCACCCGAGAGACUUUGCUUGGAAAGGAACCAGCUUAGGCAGUUCGGACAUCUCGUGCGGAUGCCUCACGAGCGUCUCCCUAGGGAGGUCCUCGUUGCACGUCCCACUGGGAGGAGACCCCGCGGCAGGCCAAGGACCAGAUGGGAGGGAUUACAUCUUCUCUCUGGCCUGGGAACGCUUCGGGAUCCCUCAGGAGGAAGUUGCUAAUGUUGCUCUGGAGAGGGAAGUCGGGGCUUCUCUGCUACUGAUUCCAGAUAAGCGGUUGAAGAUGGAUGGAUGGAUGGUUGUGAUUGGAUAAACCACUUGUUCGUUAUCUUGAAUGAUGUGAUACUUAGACCACUCACAUCGAAAUCAACCCGUGAUGCUGAGAAAUUCAAAACAGAACAGCCGACAUUUUUGGAUAACGACUAGAAAUGUCCGAUAUGGCUUUUUUGCCAAUAUUCCGAUUUUGUCCAACUCUUAAUUACCGAUUCCGAUAUCAACCGAUACAGUCGUGGAAUUAACACAUUAUUAUGCCUAAUUUAGUUGUGAUGCCCCGCUGGAUGCAUUAAACAAUAUAACUUUACCAUGAAUUGAUCAACGUAGACCCCGACUUAAACAAGUUGAAAAACUUAUUCGGGUGUUAUCAUUUAGUGGUCAAUUGUACGGAAUAUGUACUGUACUGUGCAAUCUACUAAUACAGGUUUCAAUCAAUCAUUUAAAAACAAGGGUUUCCAAAAUAAGACUCUUCAACUCCAAUUAUGGAAAACAGUGCCAACAUGGCACUGCCAUAUUUAUUAUUGAAGUCACAAAUGGACUAUGCUGUUUUAUUUUCAAUUAAACAAUGGAAAAUACAUACUCAUAAUAGUACAGUUAUUAGUGAGAAUAUACUUAUUUUGAGGUUAGCUAAUUUUACUUGUUUUGGAAAGUCUUGACAAGGCAAUUUUUUUUGUUUUAUUGGCAAAUAAUUUUGCUUAGUUCAAAUAAAAUACUCCUCAUUUUUGUUUGUUUUUUUUCGUUUUUGAACAAUGACUUUUUGCAGUGUAAUGCGACCGUAUUUGGUGAAUAAUCGCAUGGAAAACACAAGGAUGUAAAUGGAAAAUGUGCACACAUGAAGGAAAACAAUGUCGAAAAACAAAAAAAUAUUUUAUCAACCUUUUAAUUUUUGUCUGCGGAUUAAGUUAGAAAUACAUGCACAAGGAAUGGUUAAUUGUUUAUGUCAACAACUGCUUACGUCAACCAGCCGAGAGGUGUCGACAUUAACGGGUUCCACUGUAUAUAUAUAUAAAAAAUAAAAAUAAUUUUAGCACAAGCUGGUUCACUUUGUAGAGUGAAAAGAUGAGUUGUGCAUUAAAGUUUUAUGACACCAAUGGCAUAUAAUGUCAUUGACGUAGCAGCUGAUCAUUACGAAUGUGUCAAAAGUCUGGCCCAGAAUGAACUAAAAAAAAAAAAACAACACAUAAUAUUGAAUAGAAAGAAAAUACCAGCAGUUCCGGAAAAAAUUGUUCUGUUCACACUAAAGCGAUGAUGAACCACAGAACUGAUGUCUUCACCAUUGCUUUUUCAGUCAAGAACUGGAAUAUUCAUUUUUUCUAAAUGCUGCCCAUAGAACAAAAUGUAGAUAGAUCUAAUUCUGCCAUGUUUCUCUUUUAUGUGAAAGUAAAGAUCACUUUUAUACUGUCA